ACCCUGCCCACCUGCGGCCGGAGAGGAUCCGGCUGGCACUGCUGGGGGCGCUCAGGUAAGUCGGGGGAGGGCGGGGCCCCUCCCCCAGGCGCCUCCCCCACUGGGCUGCCCCGCAGGUACGGGAAGCCGCUGGUGUUUGACCUGCACGAGGCGGACCUGGUCCCCGUGGUGCGGCAGCAGCUGGAGGCCGUGCGCCCGGGGCUGGCCCAGGAGCUGCUGAGCCGGGCACUCCUGGAGCGGGAGCGGUACCUGUCGCUGCUGCAGCCUGCCGAUGGGCCCGAGUACAACCCCUUGCGGUUCCAGGCAGCACGCCUGCGACACUUCCGUGUCGUCUUUGUCACGGAGGCCCCGUGGCCACCCGCGGAGCAGCUGCAGGUGUUGCUCCCCGUUUGGGUGCUGCUCCCCAGCGGGGGGUCCGGCUGGGGGGCACGGGUUUGCGGGCAGAGCGUGGAGCGGGGGAGGGGCCCCCUGGGUCCCAGCCUUGAGCGGGGUCGGUAAGACAGAUGCACAUGCAGGAAGUAAAACGUAGUCAAUU